AUGGAAUUAAUUCAAGAUUCUUAUUCUGAUAAAGAUGGAUCCUCAUCGUAUGAAUCCUUUAUAAUAGAAAGCGAAACAUAGGAAAUAUUACCAAUAGAAGAGAAAUUAGAGUCUAAAAAAGACGAGGGAGUUUACAGUUUCUUGGAUAUGAAUAAAAACACAAGAUUUACAAGCCAAUCAUUGGGAAGUAUUUUAGGCGCUUUUAUUGGUGAUGCUGCUGGUGCUCAUGUUGAAUUCUUUAGCAAAGUAAAUGAUAGUUAGCUAGAAGAUGCUAUGAAUUUGGUUGGUGGUGGACCUCACAGAAUAGCUUCUGGGCAAAUAACUGAUGAUUCUGAAUUAGCUUUAUGUAUAUUCCAUGCUCUGCUGAAAUCAUAAGGUCUGCUAAAUUUAGAUGAAAUAGCUAAGAUGAACAUUAAGUGGAUUAGUACUAGACCAUUUGAUAUAGGAUUCACUACAAAGACUGCAUUUACUCCCUUAAUUUUUAAUGCAAAAGGUAUAUUCGAGUAAGUGAAAUCAAACAAUCAAAGCUCCUAAAGCAAUGGAUGCAUAAUGAGGGUAACUCCGUUUGCUGUUUGGGCAUCAUAGUUAUCAAACUAAGAUCUGUAUAAAGCUGUGUAUCUUUAAACCUAUAUGACUCAUUGCCAUUAAUUGGCGAUAGAUUCUACUUACCUAUACUGCUUGGCAAUAAAACUUAUUUUGAAUGGAUUGAAGGAUAGAAAGAUAAUAUUUGAUACUGUAAAGGAGGAAGCCUUUUUCAGAAACUAGUUUAUAUUGUGUGAAUGGCUUGAAGAAGCUUAGCAGUUUAAUUUACCAUAGACAACGAUUAAUGACGGAUGGUUAAAAAUAGCCUUUAUUUACUCCUUCCACUAUCUAAUAAGCGGUUCAGACUAUAAGUAAUCUUUAAGAUCUAUAAUAUAAAAGGGAGGAGAUACUGAUACAAAUGCUGCUAUAGUUGGAGGAUUAAUUGGUGCGUUUAAUCAAAUCUAAGAUAUUGAUCCCACAAUGGUAAGAAAAGUAAUGAAUUUAAGAUUCAAUAGCGAAAUGAUAUAUCAAUCUGAUUAUGAUGAGAGAAAGUUUGGUAUUAAAAGGCCAGACUUUCUUGUGCCAGGACUUUCUUUAACUUCAACCAAUCUUUAUGAAUUUUUCAGAUUCAUUCCUAAAGAGUUAAAAGUAAUAUUUUAAGGAAAAUUAUAUGAGGGAAAUUAAGUUGAUGAUUUGAUAAAAUAAUAUCCUCUAUUCAAUUAAUCAAACGAUUGA